AUGCUAAAUCGUGUUAACUUGGGCUUUUAUCGGUCGACGAUUGCCGCUGGAACAGAACUUGAGAAACCUGAAUCUGUUCCUACAGGAUUGAAGUCGGAGUCCAUUAGGAAAUUGGCUGGGCGUGAUGUGGCUUCUGGAAAAGAUGGAUUACCAUGUGGCUCAACAUCAUUCAGUUGCUUUUCACGGGAUGCUACUUCUAAUACCAAAGGUGAAGUAGAUGGUAAUUCUAGUAUCAAAGGGGAGACUGACCAAGAGUCUGUUGGAGACCUCGAGUAUAAUGGAUCCUUCACACAAUUGGAUGAUCAUGGUUAUUUUCAAGCACAUGGAUCUCAUAUGGUAUGUUCUUCUGACGUAUACUUUCAUUUCUAUUUGCAAAAAUUAGGCAAAACUAUGUCUAGUUCUGCUUGGCUGAUAAGGGUAGUUUUGUAUAAUUGUGUCUUGUUGAUAAUUGAUACUAGUGUAUCGGUUGAUCACAUCAGGGAUGCAAUCAGACAAUGGAUCACUAGUCUAUUAUUUACCUGCUAUAAUCCAUAUGCUUCUGGGGCAGUGGUUGGGGUAGAUGGGCAAAGUGUUGGUCAACAAGCAUAUUUUUCUUCACCUGGAUACCUUCCACAUCCUGUUUUCUAUGGAUUAGAAGCCAUGCCUCGCUAUUCAUGGGAUUCAGCAUAUUUUAGUGAUGUCUCAAAUGGCAAUACUGGUUCUCAAAAUGGAAAAUAUGGAUCAGCUUCCACUUUUGCCAAGUCCAGUGGUUUUAACUCUAUGAAGUCUAAUGACAAUACCGCUGGCAAAUCCUCUAAGUCUACAAAUACACAAGCAAUCAGACCUUUAAACAAGGUGUCUGCAUUGGGUUCUGAUUUCUCAGCAGGUCUCUCGAAAGGAUACCAUCCUGUAGGAAAUUUGCCUCCUUUUUCUAUCCAAAAACAUGGUCCAUUCCCGCAUAAUUGUCUUAUGAACUAUAGACAGAACGGAAGGAUAUGGAAUGGAAAUGAUAGAAAUAAAUCUGGAGACAGAUUCUAUAAAAACAGUGAUUUUGAAACCUCAAAUGAACUAACUUCUGGUCCUAGGGGCUCUAACAAAUUUCCUUCUCUGGAGACUGUUGUCAAGGAAGACUUGGGAAUCACUGUACAAAGGGAUCAGUAUAACAAACCAGAUUUUGAAACUAAGUAG